AUGGCGCGCAGUCCCAUCUUCUCGGCGACCCUCCAAGCCGCCCUCCUGGGCGCAACCUCCAACAUCCUCGCGCAGCUGAUUGAAGCGUACAGAAAACAGGCCGCCCUCCGGGUCGACUGGAUCCCGGUGUUCCAGUUCCUCCUAUUCAGCAUCAUCAGCACCCCGCCCAAUUUCAUAUGGCAGGAUUUCCUCGAGUCCACCUUCCCGGCUCGUCGUCGUCGUCAUGCUGCCAAGUCCCCCCCCGAGGCCGGGGGUGACGCAGAACGCGCGCCUCUGGAUAAGCGCAACACCCUCGUCAAGUUCGCCUUGGACCAGACCGUCGGGGCCGUCUUCAACACGCUCCUUUUCAGCAUAUACAUCCACUCGAUUCAUCUCGCAAUGCCGCAUGCGCCGCGUAUCACCAGCUUCACCAAGGCGACGGGGUAUUGGCUGUCUCCUGGCGCGAUUGACUUCUCGGCUGUGGAUAUGAAGGUCGUGCUGGACGCGGCGUUUGCGGAGUUUUGGACCAUUGUGCUGGCGGGCGUUAAGCUGUGGCCGGCGGUGAGCCUCGUCAACUACACCUUGGUCAAGACGGUGGAGGGGAGGAACCUGGUGGGUUGCGUAGCUGGGCUCGGUUGGGGGGUGUACAUGAGCAUGAUUGCGGCCAGGGACUGA